AUGAACUCUAUUAAAGCAUCCCAAUAUCAAAACCUUGACAUUAAACACCUAGCUAAACUUGAAGUCUCCAGAGAAUUCUACGAUAAUUUACACCCUAUUACGGCUCUGGAUUUUGAUGGAGAUGGAGAAUUUUGCGUUACUGCUUCAGCCGACGAGACUAUAAACUUAUACAACUGUCGAAAUGGAAACCACGAAAAAUUUUCCGCUAGUAAGAAGUAUGGUGUACAUCUAACCAGGUUCACUCAUUCGAGUGAUGAAAUAAUUUACGCGUCUACCAAAGAAAAUGGCAGGGUUGUGGCUUUAGAAAUGUCACCUACAAAUGAUCAAUUCUUAACGGGUAGCGUUAAUGAGGGGAUAAGGCUAUGGGAUCUAAAGCAACCUAAUGAUGUGGGAUUUAUAGAUCUAAAGGCGGAAAGACCGUGUGUUGGAUAUGAUCCGUCUGGACUUGUGUUCGCGAUUGCUAUUCAACAUCCCCAUAGAACUGUACAACUGUACGAUAGUCGUAAGUUCGACGAGUCUCCUUUCUCGACUUUCAAAGUUGAGGACAAUUACGCAAUUCCUAGUGUUUCGGGUUCUUUAACCACAAAAAUUCCCGUGUGGACUGGAAUAAAGUUUGGUAAUGAUGGACACAAAAUAUUGAUAACUACCUCAGGGGAUGUGCAUUAUAUAAUUGACGCCUUUGACGGUCAAAUAAAGCAAAGACUAGUUGGUCAUAUGGGACUUGAUAAUGCAUCUGCUUUCUUGGGUGGUGAAGAGACGAGUUUUACACCGGAUGGUCGUUAUGUAAUUUCUGGAUCUAGAGAUGGGAAAAUACAUUUCUGGGAUACAUUAAUGCCGAUAGAAUCAUCAGGAUCUUCUGAAUUGGUUGACACAAAACCUUUUCACACAUUGAAUCAUCAUAUAUUACCAACUCAAGUUGUCAGAUUUAACCCCCAAAAGUUACUUCUGGUUAGUGCAUGCAGGGAUCUAGUAAGUUUUCAAAGUUCUUUUUUCAGAUGGGUUCUUUUUGAAGGACGAUCGUUGUUCCCUGCAAUUUUUAUUACUGUUCCUCCGUUGGGGGAACCCAGAAUUGCAGUUUUAGUCAGAUCGUAG